AUGGUAUCAGAAUAUAUUAAAUAUUUGGAUGUAUUUUCCUAGUCUUUUUAAUUCAAUUCAGGAUCAAUAAAAGGUAGAAAAAGAACUUAUAUAGGUGUUUUCUUAACAUUUCUUAUAAUGGGGGUUUCUAUUUACUACUUCUUUUACCUUCUCUUGAGGUAUUUGUAGAACUAAAUAGAUCCUAAAUUUAGAACCUAAAAUUUCAUUAAGAAUGAUCUAAUCCAAAUACCUCUUAGUAAUAAUUUGAUUGCAUUUUAAUUUAUUUAGUCUAUAGAUGGGAAGACAAUAGAUGAAAUAUAAGCAUAAACAAAUAAAACAUAUAUUGUUACUCUUGCUAAAUUUAUUUACAGUGAUAGCAAUCAUGUCUAUACGAAGGAUUUAAAUGUUAUUCCAUGCAACUCUACUUAACUUUAAGGAUUCAGAUGCAUAGAUACAUCUGUUAUCCCUAGUAAUUAUACUUUGAUGCUAGAUUCUAAUAAUCAUGCAUAGUCAUAAAUUGCGAUAUCAGCGUACAGAUGCUAAGACAAAGACUGGAAAAAAAAAUUUAUACCUGAUAAUUGUGCAAGUUCUGAAGAUAUUAAUAAAUUUAUUGGUAAUUUAGCAAAUUUGGUAAACGUUAAAUUACUAACAUAGUAAUACAACACUACUUCAAAGUAAAUGGAAAAGAAUUUCAAAAUAUUCCGUAUAUUAAUGUCAAAAAGUUAAACAAUGUUCACAGAAUUUAAGGCUCAAAAUUAAAUUACCACCAUUAAAGAUGGAUUUGUAAUUUAAUCUGAAACUUAGUUUUCCUCACCUAUUUCAUAUAUUGCAACUACAUAAGCUUUAGACUCUUAAGCAAUAUUACAAUAGCAAGGAGUAACUUAUUUCUCAUAGUUUUUUUUGAAUGUUGAAGAAACAGUAUUCAUUACUGAAAUAUAAUUUCCAACUUUUCCAGAAAUUUUAGCUCUUUGUAAUAGUACUAUAUCUUUGCUGAUGUGUUUAGGAUUCUUAGGAAGGUAAAUGGCUUAAAAAUUAAUUAGACAAGAGUUGUUUCUCUAUAAUUUACAGAAUUUAUAUCUUGGUACCUAUGAUUAAAUUCUCAAAAUGCAUAAAUUUACUUAACCAAGUAAUUAUACUAAGAUUAAUAAAAAUUUGACCUAUUCAUGUGAAUUAUUAGAAAAUUCUGUUCCAAUUUUUGUUCCCAAUUUUAAUACAAAAAAAAGCAAUUAAUUAAAUUAAUUAUCAGAUACUGAAUAUUAGAAAGUUUAAGAUGAUAUUGUCUUAGAAAGGGAUUAAGCAGCAGAAAUUCAAACUUCAAUUGCAACUCCUGAUUAAAGUAUUAAACCUGAUUAUAUGUGCAUAGAUUAGUCAGAGCUUAAAGAAUAAAAAAAUGAAGCUAGUUUUUUGGAUGACAGUAGAAAUACACAUUGCAAUAUGAAAUCGAUAGAAAUGCAUAAAAAUAGAAAAUAAUUCUUUAAAAGUGAAGAACUUAAAGCAAAUAAAACUAUUUUAGCUAAAAAUUAAAAAUUUAGAUUAAGUGAAAUUAAUCUUAACUUUGAUAACAAACAAAUUCUAAAUAUUAACUAAAAAUAAAUGUCAUACGGAGAUUUAAAUAAUCAAAAUAUAGAAAAAAGGAGUUUUUCAGCAUAAGUGAAUUCCAAAAACUAUUUAGAAAAAAAGAACAUGUCAUCUUAAUAUAUUUUAUCACCUCUUUCAAGUUUUAAAGACCCUUUAAAAAGUAAUAAAUAAAAUAACUAUUUCAAGAAAAAUGAUAGAGUUUCAACAAAAUAAAACCAAACCAAUUAAAAAUAAGCAGAAAAAAUUCAAAUACUUUCAGUUCAAAGCUAAGUUAAUGAAAACCACAACCUAGUAAAUUAAAAUAUUUCUUAAAAUAAUUUAGAAUAAAAGUUUAAAGCUCUAAAUAGCUAAGCCUUACAAAAGAAGAUAGAAGGAAUACUAUUCAACAAAUGUGGUAUAUUUAGGAAAUAGAAGUGUAAACAAGAUAAUACCAUAGACUAAUAGACAUAUCUUUCUAUUGAAAAUCAAGUAAAUCGAAGUCUUGAUUUUUGUUAAAUUUAUCAAGAAAUAUCGAUGUGUAAAAAAGCUAUAAUGAUGAUUUUAAGCUAAGAUUAAUUUGCUGCACUAAAAUUAGUUGGUUGUUAAAAUAAAUUUUCAUAAGCAAUUUCCAAUUAGUAAUAAGGUAUUAUAAAUUAAUUGAAAUAAAUUAGUUAUAAUUUAUUUAUUUAUUUUUAUUUUCCAAAUUGA